ACCCUCCCUCCAUCCCCUCUCUCCCCUGUUACACUCUUCCUCUCUCACCCCCUCUCUCUUUCUCGCUCUCUCUCUCUCCUCCCCUUGUUGUGACAGAACACACCUGCUUGAUCUUGGCUGCACGCGCUCCGAGUCCAAUUACCCCAUAGGCCCUCUCAGCCACUCCACAGUCUCAUCCCCCCACUCGGCUGGAUUUUGGGAGUCAGGCUCAUCUCAACCACUUCUCCUCUCCUCGCUUCUCCCGAGAACAGGCUCCCUGCUCGCGGCGCCAUGAGGUCAGCCUGUCUCUCUCUGCUCCUGGUCACGGCCUGCUGGGCUCUGCCCUUCCGCCAGUCGGGCUUUCUCGACUUCAUGAUGGACGACCCCGGAUCCGGAGACGUCCCCGAAAUGGUCCCCGGUGUCGGCAGUCGCUUCAUGCCCGAAGGACCCAAGUGCCCGUUCAGGUGCCAGUGCCACCUCCGGGUGAUCCAGUGCUCGGACCUGGGCCUGAAGUCAGUUCCUGAGGACAUUCCUGACGACACCACACUGCUGGACCUGCAGAACAACAAGAUCACCGAGAUCAAGGAGAACGACUUCAAGAACCUCAAAGGGCUGCAUGCUCUGAUUCUCGUCAACAACAAGAUCACCACCAUCCACGCCAAGGCCCUCACGCCUCUGACCAAGCUGGAGCGCCUCUACCUGUCCAAGAACCUGCUGAAGGACAUGCCCGCCAACAUGCCCAAGAGCCUGCAGGAGCUCCGCAUCCACGAGAACGAGAUCACCAAGAUCAAGAAGGCCAACUUCCAGGGCAUGUCCAACAUCAUCGUUAUGGAGCUCGGGUCCAAUCCUCUGAAGAGCGUGGGAGUCGAGGCCAGCGCGUUCGGCGACCUGAAACGGGUCUCUUACAUUCGCAUUGCCGACACCGAGAUCACAGAAAUCCCCAAAGGCCUGCCCGCCUCUCUGUCUGAGCUUCACCUGGACGGAAACAAGAUCUCCAAAGUAACGGCCGGGAGCCUCAAAGGCCUGAAGAACCUGGCCAAGCUCGGUCUGAGCUACAACGAGAUCAGCACGGUGGAGAACGGGACCCUCGCCAACGUGCCUCACCUGCGGGAGCUGCACCUGGACAACAACGCCCUGACCUCCGUGCCCCCGGGUCUGCCUGACCAUAAGUACAUCCAGGUGGUCUACCUCCACGCCAACAAUAUCGACGCCGUGGGAACGGAGGACUUCUGCCCUCCGGGCUUCAACACCAAGAAGGCCAUGUACUCCGGCAUCAGCCUGUUCAGCAACCCGGUGUCCUACUGGGAAGUCCAGCCCGUCACCUUCCGCUGCGUCUUCGACCGCUCCGCCAUCCAGCUGGGCAACUACAGGAAGAAGUAGAGCGUGAAGUGGUGUGUUUUGUAAAUGAGCGCGUGAACGUUUUUGUAAGAGUGCGUGUUUGACCACCUUCCCCCCCCCGAAACGACGACUGCCGCCCCCUUUCUGCAAUAUGACAAUGUUGUUAAUCCACACACGCUUUCAUAAAAACUCUACCGGACAUGGACCUUAAACACAACAUAUCAUCUUAAAUCACUCACACACACUCACACACACACACAAAGCUUCCAGUAAAUUGAAAUUCAGAAAUAAGCCAAAAAAAAAAAAGGUGGAAAAUGUCAUGAAAUCCGAUCUACGUUUAUCAGCCUUUGUGUAAAUUCUAUGAAAGCUGACCUGUAGAGCAGGCAGUGAAAGGGUUAACUUGUGUUUUACCUUUAACCACCGGUAUACUAGAAUGUACUAGAGAUUUCCUGUGUACUAGGAGCGGAGUGUAACAUUACCGAGCUGCACUCUCGGGACGAACUCAGAGUUUCUAUUUGUAUUGUGCUCAAUUCAAGUAGAGAUAAAAGCAACCUUGACUUCUAUCACAUUGUGAUUUCUUGUGCUUGCUUCGGUGUUGCUUUAGUGUUUGGACCACUUCGUCACAUUCCAGCCGCCGCUGACCCCUCUUGGUGUGUGUUUUCCAUCGAGACAAGGCGAACACAUCAUCUAAAAAAAAAUGUAGAAUAAACCACAUAUGUUUUAAACGGAAGCCAUUUCCAAAGAUUUAUAUGCAUGCUAUUUUGUUUAUGUUUUUUUUUCUCUCCUUCAACUUGAACCUGGUGCUUCCUGGAUUCGCUUGUUAAUGCGUUUAUGUAUGUCUCUCUGUUUUACCUGCCCUGUUUUCCUUUCCUUUUUUUUUUUUUUUUUUUUUUUUUCAAAAAGAAAACAGUCAAAAAAAAAGGAGGGUGUAUGUAGACUGGCAUGCCCGCGACACCCGUGAUGGUGUGAAUGUUGUAUGUAUAGACGCUGUAUAUAAAUGCUGUAUAAAAAAAAUACUUCUCAUUGCUUAAAAAAAAAAAAAAAAAAA